AUGCUACCUCCGAGGCUCAACACGCUUUUGAAAUCUAGAGAGCAUAGUGGCGGCGAAAGGGCACGUGCUGUUGAAGCAACUCCGCCUGGUGCUUCUACGCUGGGACACCAGCCAGAGAUGCACCGUUCCCUGUUUCAGUUUCAGCUACAGUUGCUCCAGCAGCGUAGAAGGCUCCCGUACCAGCUGCAUGUCGCUUUAUCCCGUGCUGUAACUGACUGGGUGAGGCAAAAACCACACAAAGUAACCGACACAAACUACAGAAGCAACAGCAGCAACAGCAACAAUAACAACAGUAGCUGCAGACGUAGGCUGAGUGGGGCCAUCCGUAAUAAGAAGGUUGCAGCUUCUGGGCAGUGGAGACUGGGGUACGAAACGAUCCCAGUGGCGACGGAGGGGGACUCUUCCUACCACAGAAAGAGCAAUGGCAAAAGAAGCAGCCGCACUGGCAGCAGAGAUCCAGUUGGAGUACUAAGGGGCCGAAGUGGAAGUAGCGACAGCAGCUUCACGUCCAGCCGCAGCAAAGGAAGCGGCAGCGGAGGAGAAUGCGCCUCGUGUGCGGCUGCUGUGGAGGCCUUACCCGCCACUACAGAGGAGCAUCUGCAACAACGACAGCAGCAGCUCCAGUACCAGCAGAAGCACCAUUUGCAGACCGAGCAUCAGCUCCAGCGAUCCCUGGGGUGUAGAGGCCAGUCCAACGAAGGGCAGCUCGUGGAGAGUCUCCCCUCUUUGUCUCCUCAGCAGAUAUGUCAGGCCGUUUUCCGCCUCACCCGCCCCAGCAGCAGCAGCAGAAGCGCAGAAGCUGAUGCAGUGAAUGCUGCAAUGUUGCGGGAGGUUGCUUCUUACUGCACCCCGCUGCUGGAUGGAUGGCCCGACAGAGACGUCGCCAUGUUGGGUGUCAGCUUAGCCUUUCACUACAGGCAGCAGCAACAGCAGCAACAACAGCAGCAGCAAGAUGUCGGACCAGUAGUUGAAUUUCUCCAACGGGCCGGGCUGCACGCGCUGCAGCGUGUGGCGCACUAUGACCCUCGCGACUUGCUGCGGCUGCUGCCUCUUUUAGCGUACAUACCUCCUCCUGAAGCAGCAGUAAAAGGUGCUGCUGCUGCUGCUGCUGCGUCGCCGUUUGCUGCCGACACUGUUGGGGCUUCAAUUCCCCACAUGCUUGCUGCAGUGCUGCUUCAGCUAGCUGCCGAUUCCCAGAGCCUGAGAGGACCUGCUGCUGCUGCUGCUGCCUUUGCUGCAGCAUCUGACACAAGUUGGGAACUUCCUGAAUGGGCGGCCAUGUCGUUUGCGUACCAAGUCCGGCGAUGUUGGCAGCAGCAGCAGCAGGAGCAGCUACAGCAGCAGCAAUUGCUGCAACAACAGAAGAGGCAGCACAGGAGCACAUGGCCUUCGUUGUCGGACGCGGCUCGGAUUGCCCGCGCAUUUUGCCGCUUCGUUUUAUCGAAUGUUCCAACUCAGGCUUGCAGCAACAGCAGCAACAGCACUAGCAACUUCAGUGGCGGCUGCAACAGUAGCAGCAAAACCUGCAGCAGCGGCAACAACAACAGCAGACGCUCCGCAUUUUGGCUAGAUUGGACACAGUGGUUUCUUGUCGCUUUGCUUGGUGUUCUAAAAGAGCAUUUCCCGCCGCUUGCUGCGAGGUCUUGCCUGUCGCCUCGGUCUGCUGCUGCUGCUGUGGUUGUUCCUGCUGCUUCGGCUUUUCCUACUGCUGCAGUGCAGCGCGAGUUGUCGGCUCUGGCUACGUCUUUGGCGCGAACAUCACCGCGACUGCCUGCUGCACAUGCACCUGUGUGGCGGGUGCUGCUGCCGCAGCUGCUUCUGGUGAGCACCAGCAGCACGAGCAGCAGUUGGUCAGCUGAUGCUGGGGAGGCGACGGCGCAGCGGCUGAAGAACAUAGCGUUGGGCUGUGCUGCUGUAGCUCGCUGCAGCCUCACUGCCGCUGAGAAACAGCAGCUGAUGAAGCAGUUUGCCCCUGCGCUGCUGCAGCAGCUUCAUUCUUUGCAUUGCACAUCGAAGUCUAUCGAAGCAUCAAGCUAUCUCUCCUCCCUGUCUCCCACCACCGCCAAAGUGUUGCUUUCGUCGUUUGCUGCUGCUGCUGCAGGCAGCGAAGACGCAGAGAUGCAGCGGCUGCUGCUGCACCUCUGUAGGUAUACCCAAAUGAAUGCAGAGAAAUUCGGUAACGAGCUCCUGGCCUUUGCCGCAGCAGAUGCAGGGCUCCUUUGCACCGUGUCUUCGUCAGAGUUGGUUCGCACAGCUGCUGCUGCUGCUGUGGCUGCCAGCUGCGACGUGCUGCUGUAUCGUCUCGAGCAUCACCAGAACCACCAGCAGCAGAGGGCCGACCUCCCCGGGCAAGCAGCAGCAGCCCUGCUGGCUGUAUGCAGCAGGCUCCCCACAGUCCCUGUGCGGCUCGUAGAGCUACUGCAGCAGCAUGUAUUGCAGUGCCCGCAGCAGCAGCAGCAAAAACAAUCACGGCAGCAAGCGAAGCAGAACGAAUCAAGUGUCUCUCAGUUGGUGGCUUGCUUCCGAGCAUUAAGCCGUUUCCCCCGUCGUCUCCAAGGUCACCAGUGGACAAGGGUGGAGCAGCAGCUGUUGCAGCGGCUGCAGCAGCAACAAGUACAGCAGCAGAAAAAGCAACAAUUAGAACUGGGAUUGGAGCAGGCAGCGCAUCUUCUAUCUGCGUACGCCACUGCCACCCGAGAAGUUCCAGAGGAAAUGCUGCUUCUGCUGCACCUGUUGGUUACUCCACAGGUGUGGCAGCACCGCCAGCAGCAGCACCAACAGCUGCUGCUACUACAGCAGCAGCAAGCUGACCCGUUUGCUUUUGGCCUGAAUAGCUGCAUGCACUUGGCGCGUAUAUUAGAGGCUUCCGUAUCCCUAUCGUUGCAUCUUCCGAAGACUAGACAGCAGCAAAUCAAGCAGCCGCCACACCCUCUGCAGCAGCAGCAACAACAACAGAUUCAAACAGCAGGCAGCUUUGUUUCUCUUCUAGCCAGCUGUCUUUGCGAGGCGAUAACCCUGCAGAGAAGAAUGUUGUCCCUUUUGAUAAAAAAAAGACAGUCUCCUUCACUGCACAGCAGCGAUGAACAGCAACAGAAUCAGCAGCAGCAAGAGGAACAAAUGGCUCAACAGGUGCUGCAGCAGCUGCAGCGACAGCAGCGUGGCCUUGUGGGCAUCACGGCCAUCUGUGCUGCCCACCUUCAAUUUCCGCGCCUGUUGGCGGAAGCGAUUCAGUUGCAUUUGCUGCUGGCUGAUGCAAUAGCAACAAAUGCAGCAGCAACAAAAGCAACGAACACAGCCGCAACAGCAACAGCUGCUGCAUCAGCAGGUGCCGGAGCAGCAGCGUAUCCUACGUAUUCCUUGGCCCCGUCUGAGGAGCUGCAACUCGGCCGUUUUGUUGUCUCAGUUAUUGCUGGAUUCUAUCCGUGUGCCCAGCACCAGAAGCACACCUGGGACUUGCUUGUGUACUUGCUAGGGGGUUGCAAAGCCGCCGCAGCAGCAGCAGCACGCGCAGCACUUCGCGCUGCAGCAGCGGGGGGGGAUGUGGAGGAGCAGCAGGGAGCGGAGCAAGGGCAGCAGCUCCAGCUCCAGCGCACGCAAGGGCUGCAGCAACUGUGGACCAGCGAAAAGCAACACGGGUCGCGGCCAUCGCUGCGCAUGCAACAGGAGGUUGCAGCAGCACUAAGCAGCAGCGCAGUACAGCAGGAACCAGACCUUCUCCUGCUACCCGUCCGAUCUGCAAUGUGGUUCAGCCGACAAAAUGCCGGAAAUUGGCGCACAGGGAGCAGCAGCAUAAGCAGCAUCAGCAGCAUCAGCAGCAUCAGCAGCAAGAUGGGUUGCGUUAGCAGCAAGCAGGGAUCUACCCCUGCAGAGAGGCAGCAAUCUGCUCAGGCACCAGCAGCGACGCCUGCUCCUGCUCCUGCUCCAGCGGAGAAGCCGGCUGAGACCAAGGAGGCAGCUGCUCCUGCCGAAGCGCCUGCUGAAGCUCCCGCUGCAGAUGCUCCUGCAGAAGCUGCUGCUCCGGAGAAGGCCGCGGAGGCUCCUGCUGCGGAGGCUCCUGCUGCUACUGCCGAAGGUGCUGCUGCAGCACCACAGCCUGGCAACAAGCAGAUCAGUGUAGAGAUGUCAGGCCCCCCUCCUCUAAAGAGCCCCCCUCCUCCUCCUGUACCAAAGGCCUCCCUUCCUGCUGCCGGUGCUGCGCCUGCAACAGCAGAAGAACCUGCAGCGCCAGCAGAACCCGAAGCAGCUGAGAAGCCAGAAGAACCCGCAGCGCCAGCAGCAGACAAACCUGCUGAUGCUUAG